AAAUACCACAUUUCAACACCCAAAACCACAGGAAUUCAUCUCUUUCAUUCUCAAUCAGAGCUCAAGAACUGACUGGAUUUGAAGAUUCGAAAUGGCAAAGAUGUACCAGAAGAUGGCAAUUCGCGGUGGUGAAGGAGGACGCGAAUGGGACGACGAUGUAUACGAGGGUGUAAGAAAAGUGUAUGUAGGGCAAGAUCUCUCACGUAUCACUUACGUCAAAUUCGAGUACGUGAAGGAAGACGGCGAAGUGGUAACACGUGAAUAUGGGACAAUAAAUCAACAACCUAAAGAGUUUGUACUUGAAUAUCCUGAUGAACACAUCAUAGCGGUGGAAGGAAGCUACAACAAAGUGGCUCUGUUUGCCACGGAGAUGAUCACAUCCCUCGUCUUCAAGACCUCAAAGGGUAGAACGUCUCCAACGUUUGGGCCAAACUUGUUCGGAGUUGUGAACGGUACAAAGUUUGUUUUGGAGAAUCAGAGAAAGAAGAUCGUAGGGUUUCAUGGACGGUCGGAUAAUGCUCUCGACGCUCUUGGAGUAUACUUUGCACUGGACUCUCUCAACACGUCGACCCCUCUUUACAAGCUGGAAGCCCAAGGUGGUACAGAAGGGACUGUUUGGGACGAUUCUUCUUAUGACGGUGUUAAAACGCUGCGCAUUGGUAAAGAUAAUUGCCGUAUCACUUAUUUAGAGUCCGAGUAUGUGAAAGGUGGGAAGUCGGAGACACGUCAACAUGGGGUGAAAGGAGAAACACCAUCCGAGUUUGUGCUUGAUUUCCCGGGUGAAUACAUCAAAUCGGUGGAAGCAACCUAUAAUCGUCCAAUCCUUUUCCGCAACACCGUCAUUACAUCGCUUAAGUUCGAAACAUCAAAUGGGAGAACAGCAUUCUUUGGGUAUGAGGUUGGUAAGAAGUUUGUAUUGAAGCAAAAUGGUCUUAAGCUUGUAGGGUUCCAUGGAAAAGAAGGUGACGCUAUUGAUGCUCUUGGAGCAUAUUUUGCACCUAUUCCUGCUCCUACUCCUUUGAUUCCAGCCAAGAAACUACCAUCAGUAGGUGGCAAUGGAGGACUUGCAUGGGAUGAUGGUGUUUACGACGGUGUGAGGAAGAUAUACGUUGGACAAGGUAACGAUGGUGUGUCCUUUGUCAAAUUUGAGUACAUUAAGGGAACAGACUUGGUACCUGGAGAUGACCAUGGGAAGCAGACAUUACUCGGAGCUGAAGAGUUUCUGCUUGAGGAUGGUGAAUAUCUCACGGCUGUGGAAGGCUACUACGAUAAAAUCUUUGGAGUCGAGGAACCAAUGAUUAUCUCUCUUAUGUUCAAGACGAACAAAAGGGAAUCAACUCAGUUUGGAAUGGAUUCCGGUACGAAGUUCACGCUCGGGGAGAACGGACACAAGAUCGUCGGGUUCUAUGGACAAGCUUGUGAUGUUAUUUACGGUGUCGGAGUCACUGUUGUGCCCAUCACCGAGUGAAAAACCCUUUUAUUUAUCUCAAUAAAAUCAGCCAAUCAUGUCGACUAAAUGAAACUUUCAAUAAGAUUGGUAUGUAUGUAAGAAAAAUGUUUAUGUUGUGAACUUGUGAUGUGGGUCAUCAGUCUUCUCUUUACUCUACUACUUUUUCAAUGUGUCCUUUUUUUUCUUCUCUACAAUGUGUUCAAAUGGGAUAAUAAAAUUCUUAGUUGAGCCA